CUGUUUCCGUUUCCACCUCCGAGAAGCCUCACGCCUCCACAUAUCUUUUUUUUUUUUUUUUUGUAUUGUUUUGCACUGAAUCCGCUACAUUACGUGGAGUUUUGGCUAUCUGAAGUUUGAGGAGAGUUCAAAUCUUUUCCAACCAUGGGGGACAUCGAGGCUCCCGAGUCGAAUCGGCCGCGCCAGACUGUCCUACUCUCUGUUCUUCCGAGCAAAGAGUUCGCCACCUCAAGGAAAGGCAUGCUGCUUAUUGCUGAAGUGGUUCUUUCCUUUGUGUCAUUUGUGUGUUUCGCGGCAUCCACAGCAGCAGCCUUCGUGACAGUCCCCCUGUUGGAAUUCCUGGCUGCUCUCUUCUUGUUGUUUGCCUACUCCACCAAAUUCAAUGAGAGGUUUAAAGGCUUCCUCUGGCCUCUUAUGGAUUUCAUGAGAUGUGUGACUGCCUCCAUUAUCUUUUUCAUCAUCUCCAUCAUUGCAGUGUCCAAAUAUGGGGACGGCUCCUCUAAGGCUGCUGGGAUAUUUGGGUUCAUUGCCACCAUCGUUUUCGCAUUAGAUUUUUAUCUCAUUUUUAAUGAGCUGGCCAGUUUCCUAAAGCAAGGAGGGGAGUCCAAUGAGGAGCCAUCAAGACAGCAAGAUGAGUUUUCAGACUCUGAUUCGGACUGAGACAUCGGGGAUCUUUACCAGCGGAUGUUUGAUCAUACAAAAUAAACCUUUGCAGGAGGAAUUUCCACUGCUGCGCUGCCAUCUGCAAGAUCUGCAAGUGUUUCAUUAGGGCACAAGGUUACAUUAAUACCGUGUACAGUAGAAGGUCACAAUGAUUGUUUGUUUAUUAUGUACAUUUAUUGGUAGCUGGGGGGCUCUCAACACAGUUUUCUAGAUGGGAGCCAGAUCCUCUUCCCUUAUCCGCUUUAUUAUGUUAUAUCUGUUGAGCAUCCAAGGAUUGAAAUGUAUUUCACACAUAAAUCAUGUCAAGACAUUCAGGAAACAAGUCUAAACUGAUGUGUCAAGUAUAGACGUGUUUUUAAAUGAGUAAUUUACUGUCCACAAGUAGUUUAUAAAAACCCUGCUUUUUUCAUGCCCAAAUGACGCCCACCCAUAUCCAGUGUCUUAGAUGAUUUGGGAAAAAUAUAAAUGCCAUUAUCAAACUGAUAAUUGAUCAUAAAGCUGUGAAAGUGUUUGGUCUCAUUAUACUGAGUUCUUAAGUUGUUUGUACAAUCUGCAUAUGAAAGCACAUGUCUAAAUCUGAAAUUAUGACUAAUAUUUACUUCUGGGCAUGUACCAGAACCCUUUACAUACAUAAUAAACUACAACACUAAAUUAAUAUCCUUAGUGAAUAAAUGUUUACUAAUAAUGAAGCUGUAUUGUAACAAAGAUGUUUUAAAUGAACACAAAAAAAUGGAAAGAUAGGAUUUCCUAUGUACAUGGGGCAUCAUCAUCAUCUAUAAAUUUACAGUGUUACUAUAAGAAAAACAUAUGUAUAGUAUAUAGAAGAACAGAUUGGUUGCAGGUUGGCUGGUUACAACCGUUGUCCAAUUGUCCUAACUCUACAAGAGUGUAUUUUUAUAAUUUGAGGAUAAUGUUUGCUUAUUUUCCUUUAAAUUCAACUUUUGGGUCAGCAGUUCCCGUGGCAUGCUGUACUGCAUCACAACCUUUUCUGGGUUGUUACAAAACUUUUAUUUUUGAGAGUUGUUGUGAAUCUAAACGACAGAAAUCAUGAUACAUUUUCAAACCUAUUCCAUUAACCCAAAGUUCAAGAGACUUUCAGUUUGUCUGCUGUUUGUGCUUCUUACAACCUGUGUGUGUGUGUGUGUGCAUGCGUCCGUGUGUGUAAAUAACAGUGCAUUAAGCCACUUAAUGCAUUAUUGUUUUGUAAAAUGCCAAAACUCCUAUUAUGUGAAUCUUUGUUUUGUAUGUUGAUUGUUCAUUAUUUUAUUUUUUUUGUGUCACUUCUGCAUGUAUGUUUGAUUCUUCAGUUCUUCCACGGCCACUACUGAGAAAUUAGACGCACUCGAACGCCACAGUGACUGUUUAUGUAAUAUACACUGCACUACAUGAGUGUUACAACAGUGCUCUGACUUGAAAAUGGAUGACUGAAAGUUGGCAUUAGUGGCCUCUGAAUUUCAACUAUUGUGAGCAACUGACGUACAAAUAGAAGGUGCAGUUACAUGCGAUAAUUAUUAAUUGUUGUGCCCUUUUUCUGGUAGUUUGUUACAGCUUCAGUUAUAUUAUGAUUUUGUCUGAACGGUUCCUUGCAGAAGUAUGCAAUUUCUUAUUAAUAGAUUGAGAAAAAGGUCUCAGAUCUGUGCCUGCUGAGAGCUGUAUGUGCACACAUCUACAGUGCAAAAACUGAUGCUAAUCAGUGCGCAAUGUUAUAUUUUUGCUGUCUUGUGAAAACCACAUAUCUCCAUAUCCAUAUCCAUAAAGGUAAUAAUAAAUCCUUCACUUAAUGUUAAAACUUUUAAAUAAUCAAAUCUGGUUUUCACUGGAUAGCAAACUCGACCAUACCCCUUUGCCACGCACAUUCAAGUUACAAAAUAAUGUUACCAUUAGAUGAACACAGUACCAUUUCAUACAUGAGCCCCCUUUCUGAACUAUUGUAGGUGAUGUGUGUUUUUUACUGUUGUGCCCUUUUGUGCAAAAUAUUUUGAAUAAAAACCUGAGCUAUUUUCAAUAA